AUACACCCGUGUCAUAUUUCCGAUUCGUGUUGUGGUAGCAGACAGCGAAUGUUUUAUUUGAAAUUAACGUGAAAAACCCCACCAUGUAGUGAUCACAUACUGUUAUAUAUUUAUGAGCGAUUGUUUAUGAAGACUGACAUACAAAUAUGUCUUUAAGAUUCUUCAAACUGUUACAAAUGUCGCCAACAUGUAGCUCUGCGCCAUUGGUGACCUUCAGUAAGUUCAUGAUGCCAUCGUGUGGGAGGGUUGGAUUGACGUUAUUACGUUCGUUUCACUCAAGUGUAAGUUAUUUAGUCCCUAAUACUUCUCCUAAGCUGUCACCUCAACAGGUCAACUCAUACAUUAGACUAAAUGAACAGUCAAUUCACGGGGAAGGUGCUGUGAAAAGCUUCGACUGUAAUCGUCUUCCGGCUAAUAAUCCAAUAGAAGACCGAGACGCCUCAGCAAAACUGAAGAAUUCAAAGACUGGCCAAUAUUUGUUCGGUGUUUUCGAUGGUCAUGGUGGAGACUUUUGUUCGCAGGCUGUUUGCGAAAGACUUUACAAUUACAUAUCAGUGACAAUGUCUCCACCAGAAACACUGGAUAUGAUAAGGAAAGCCAAUUAUGAAAUUAGUUCUCUUGUGCAUUGGUUACAUGGACCGCAGAGUGUAUUCACUGAUGUCAUGGAAAAUGUUUACAAGGCAAAACUGGCGAAACUAGCAUCAGAAAUUCUUUCUCUCUCCGAGGAAACAACCAUAAAAGAAAACCUUAUUAGUGCAUUUAAUUCCCUCGACCAUGAUCUGAUGAUUGAAGCCGCACCUACUACUCUCAAUAGAGAAUUACAAUUCAAUUCUAUGCAAAUGGCAUUUCAAGGAUCAUGUGCAUGUGUUGCAAUGUUAGAUGACACUGAACUUUUUAUUGCCAACACAGGAGAUUGUAGAGCAGUAUUAGGAGUACAGGAUGAGCAUGGCUGGAAUGCUCUACCAUUGUCUCAAAUGCAUGAUGCUGCAAAUCCAUCUGAAAUCAGGAGACUUUUACAGGUACAUCCAAAUGAGAGAUCUAAUAUGAUCCAGCAAGGAAGGCUAUUUGGGAUACUGGCUCCACUGAGGGCAUUUGGAGACGCUCAGUUUAAAUGGUCUGCAAGAGAUUUGAAACAUGUCGAAAAGACAAGUGCCUAUGAUAUUCCUAUAUAUGGCAAAACCCUGAUGCCCCGAGGCUACCAAACUCCUCCUUAUGUUACUGCUGAGCCUGAAAUAAUCCAGCAUUCAUUGACACCAAAAGACAAGUUUCUCAUUAUAGCUUCAGAUGGACUGUGGGAACAAAUGCCAGCAGAAAAGGUUGUUCAGUUAGUUGGUGGUCACAAUAUUGGUCAUCAAAUACCUGUGAACUUUCAACCUACUUCAAACAUGAAUUUGAGAGACAUAAAUGAAAUGCUCAAAAAGAGGCAAAAUGACUUGAAGAAAAAACCACAAGAUGACAAUGUGUGUUCCUAUCUACUUCGCCAUGCUCUUGGUCCAGAACACCAAAGAAUCUCAGAAACAUUAUCUCUUGCCCCAGGUUAUGCCAGAUCUUACAGAGAUGAUAUCUCUAUUAUUGUAGUUCAUUUUGACAGUGCAUACAUCAAAGACAGAUAUGUAACAUGACUUUUGAAUUCAGCUACAUAUGUGUUCCAUGUGGUCUUUAUAUUUAACUGUGGAAUGAACAUAUACCGAUAAAUGGUAGUUUACUGCAUGCAGUUUGAAGCUAAGUCUAGCUGAUGAGAGCAACCCUCAAUCAUGAUCUUAUCUAUUUGUAAUUGUGUUCAAAAUUAACAAAGCAAAUAGGCCAAUGGCACAGUAAUAGAUAAAAUGUUAUGUUUUGGACAUGAUCUGUGCAUUGCAUUUGGUAUGCUUGUGCAGGAGAUAAGAAAAAAAAGACUGACAGUUAUAUAUUAUAAAUGCAAUCUUAAGGAAUGAGGCACUAAAUAUGUUCAUGUUUUAGGACUAUUAUUUGUUAAACAUUUGGUAUACACAGUAAUGUUGUGUACCCAAACUUGAUUACAAAAUACUCAAUUAUUUAAGAUUUGUUUAAAAAAAAAAUGUUAUCACAUGAAUAAAUUAGUUUGUUUACUUUUAACAA